GAGGGCGUGGCGUCCACACAGAUGCAGUGUUAAAAGCCACUCUCAUGAUAGUGAAAGGUGGCGCAUUGGUACUCGCCACCCUUACGAUGCAUCCAUCUCAGGCGGGCAAAACGCAACAUUCCUUAUCAUAUCAUGGACGUCUCCACGGUUCGAAGUCCGCCGGUCUCCGUGUCAGGACACCUUCAUCAUCCAACCCAAGUUAGGAGACCCUGCGCUCAACAUUGUUAAACAUGCGGAAAUUCGCGAGCUUCUGGCUUUCGCUUCAACUUUUGCUCGUCUCUGGAGCGGCCUAUCCAGAGGCAUUGUGGCCGACCAUCACGCGAGCGCCUGAACUGCUCCAGGUCAACGAUCCAUCGUCGUCAAUCAUUGGGUGGCGACCCGUCCCUGAUCAACCUGAAUCAUAUACCCCGAUGAGCUGCGGACCUGGUAACACAGUCCAUUACGAUGCUCGCUACGUCAGCUGCUGUCUAAUCGGAACGACUCAAUGCCUCGUGAGCAAACAGUGCGUGUCUGGGUCUGUGAUCAGUGAUGCUAACGGGCAGGCAACAUGCUCCGAAGGAUGGCAAUGUAUCACCGGGAUGCUCUACGAUGACAUACACAAGUCAUCGACUAGCUGGUCUUUCGUGGAGUGCUGGACUACGCCGUGGACAUGGUAUGCGGCGUCCCCAACACCACGCUCAAUAGCUUCCGCGAUUCCAACCUCGACAACGGACACCACGUCGACGACGGCAACUUCUUCCCCAAGUCCGACUCCAGCCACGGCGACAAAGCCACACGGAGGCAGCCUGAGUGCGGGAGCUUGGGUUGGAGUUGCCUUUGGUAUCCUCGGCGGUAUUGCUGCUAUACCUGGUUCUAUUCUUGCUUGCAUAAAGCUUCGGAGAUGGUGGCGUAGGCAUGAGGAACUGGAGGAGACUACGACGUAAAGAAUGUAAUUAGCGUUCGGUUCCACGGGUGUCAGCGCUACCCCUCUUUCAUGUCCCUCCCAGCCGUUGGUGGAUUUUGAAGUCAAACGCUACGGACGGGGAAAUUGCGACGGCGAUGAGCGUUAACGAG